UCCUUUUACCCUAUCCAACUAAUUACAGUCGUUGUACUUGUCGCCAUUCAGGCUGCCACUCUCUAAUUCCGCUCCCCUUUCGAGCCCUUCACUCUCUUCGGAACCAAGCUCGAUCUUGGUUCUAAACCUGCAUCCAGUCUAUCCCGGAGAAUUGACGUCCACUCUUUCGACGAACCCUCAAUUACCAUAACCGCCAUGACCUACCAACAACAAACCCAAACCCGAUAUGGGCAUUGUGACAGCUACUUUGUAGAGUCACACGAUGACGGUAUCUACGCCGCUCGCGCAGAGGCGAGAGAGCGUGCUCGAGCAAUUGCAAGAAUGCAACAACGAGCUCUUGCAGAAGAACUGUCAAGGAUGACGAGCGAAGAAUACCAAGAGGAUAUAAUGGAACACAUGGAACACAUGGAAUCUCAAACAAUUCCCGAUGUCAACUCUAUUGAUAUCCAAACUGAGAUUCAAUGGUUCAUGCGCCCAUACCUUCUUGACUUCCUUGUCGAAGCUCAUGCUGCGUUCCAAUUGCUUCCGGAGACUCUCUUCCUUGCGGUCAAUCUUCUCGAUCGGUACUGUUCACGUCGAGUCGUCUAUAAGCGGCACUAUCAAUUGGUCGGAUGUGCUGCUCUCCUCAUUGCUGCCAAAUAUGGAGAUAGAAAAGACCGAGUACCCACCGUUCGCGAGUUGAAGUCAAUGUGUUGCUCGCUAUACGACGACGAAAUGUUCACUCAGAUGGAGUGGCAUGUGCUUCAGACCCUCAACUGGAUCAUCGGUCACCCGACCGUCGAUGCUUUUCUACAACUCGCACUCUCAGAAGUUGCUUAUGAUCCAGAGGUCGAGCAUAUGACCUUAUACAUUGCCGAAAUCGCUCUUUUCCACAAGGAGUUCGUAUCUACGAGGCCCUCAAUUCUCGCCCGAUCUGCUCUUGCCCUUGCUCGAUGCAUCCUCUCCCGGACCCAGGCAAAGACCUCGGAUUGGGCUGGUGCUUACGAUCCUCAGACUGUUAUGAGCUUGUCGAACCACUUGUAUCAACCAUCUGGGGUUCUAUCUCGCAAAUACUCUUCUAUGCACUUGUCCAACGUGUCCACUACUGUUGAUGAGUUUCUUCAACAUCAGGCCCAGAUUGCAAGGCGACAAGCAGCUCCCCCGACCCCGCCAGCAACCGUUGUCCUCGAAGAACAAAAGACAACAUCAGAAGCUUAUCUCGGACCUUCCACACCUCAGAAGUCCCAUUACGGAGCCGUUAUGCAACAUGGAUGUCUCACCCCGCCAAUCACUCCCGAGAACGAACAAUUUGGGCACGGUAACAUGGCCAAGCCCCAAGCACUUCCUCACAUGUACCCUUCCACGCCUACUCCCGAUCAUCCUUCGAAUGUGCAACACCAGGCGCAAUACUAUCAGAACUCCUACCUCCAUCCUCAGCGUACAUAGUGACUUGAUCAACCGGAAUGGCGUUAACCGUCGGCGUAGUCCACCCGUAGCACACUUCCCAACCAAAAACCCCACAGAAUCUUUCCAUUUCGUUGUAUCAAAAAUCCCGUGUAUGAGCGUCAUAGCGUGGUCAUUUCCCCGGCAUUGCGAGCGUUUGUGUUUUAUUUGCUGCGAUAUCAAAGAGUUCCCUGUCUUGUAUUAAGCGAUUUCCUUUGUUAUUGCCCGACCCUAAAAAA